GAAGUGCGUCCGCAUGAGUUGUUUUCACACACACACGCCACUUUCGGGUACUUUUCAAACUGAAACUACUUUUAAUCCAUUUUUAAACUCCUCCGGGUUUCCUUCAGCCGCAGUAAUGCAGACGUAAAGUCAGAGUGUGUGUAGGCAUGUAGGAAUGGAUGAAGACAGUUGCAAUUAGGAAAGCAGGGUGGCGACAGGUAGCCAGAGAUAAGGGAAGAAAACGGGACUACACCUUUACCGCAUUACUCGCCGCUUCCAUCGGUGGAAGUUCCGCACAGCAGCCGCCUUUCUUCUCGGGUCUGCCCGCUUCUCCUGAACUCUCCAGCGGAUUCCUCUUGGGUGUUUACUCCGGCACAAUCAUGUCUGAGGAAACAACGGAUUUCCCUAACGAACUGUUCGAGAGUGUGCGGGAGGCGGUGGGGCGCAGGGUGAAGCUGACCCUGAGGCAGAAAGUCCAGCUGGAGGUCAAAGGUGACAAGGUGGAAAACAGAGUGCUGGCUUUGGCUUCACAUCGAGCCUUUCUGCUCACAGCACGAGUCCCCUCUAAGGUUGAACAGUCCUUCAGCUAUCUGGAAAUCCAGGGAAUCCAAAGCAACAAGCCCACACAGCUGGUGUUGGAGCAUGAGCACGGCUCGUGGAGCCUCCGGCUGGGCUCUGCAGAGGAAGUGGACAAGGUGAUCGCUCACAUCGGCAGCUGUCUGCACCGGAUCUGCCCGGCAGGCGUACCGGUGAAGAUGAUGAGGAAGUUAAACUUGAAGCCCGCGGACAGGCUGGCAGCCCUGCAGGCCAUCUGGGACGAGCAGGCGUCAGCUGACCUGGGACCGUGCGGCGGCUUCUCCCAUCAGUACUGGUGUGUGUGUGAUUACCUCCGCCAGCCGUACAGAGAGGAAGUCCAGUGGGAUGUGGACACCAUCUAUCUCACUCAGGACACCAAAGAGCUCAACCUGCAGGACUUUGUUCAUCUGGACAACAAGGAUUUGAUUCCAAUCAUUACAGUUCUGGAGUACAACCAGUGGUUCACUAAGCUCUCCACCAAAGACUACAAACUGCCGACAGAUGUGUGCGACCAGAUUUUGAGAGUGGUGGCUCGAUCGAGCCGGCUGGAGGAGCUGGUGCUGGACAAUGCUGGGCUCAAAAGUGAUUUUGCUCAGAAACUGGCCGGCGCUCUGGCACACAACCCCGCCUCCACACUUCAAACACUCAAUCUGAGCAACAACUCGCUGGAGGACAAAGGUGUUGCAGCUCUGAGCGCUCAGUUUGCCAAACUGCCCAUGGGUCUAAAGCACGUGAACCUCUCCAGGACUUCCAUGUCUCCUAAAGGCGUAAACAGCCUCUGUCAGGCUCUCUGCGCCAACCCGAUUGUGGCCUCCACCCUCACACACCUCGAUCUGUCGGGAAACUCCCUCCGAGGGGACGACCUCCCGAACCUUCACAGCUUCCUGAGUCACUCAAACGUCCUGGAAACCCUCGAUCUGUCCAAUAGCGACUGCUGUCUGGAGCAGGUGUGUUCGUCCCUGCUCAGAGGAUCUUUGAAGCACCUUUCUGUCCUCAACAUGUCAAAAACAGUCUUUUCUCACAGGAAGUGUAAAGAUAUCCCUCCGUCCUUUAAGCAGUUCUUCAGCUCUGCUCAGGCUCUGACGUCCGUCAGUCUGUCAGGAACCAAGCUGCCUCUGGAGGCUCUGAAAUCUUUGCUGUUGGGACUCGGCUGCAACCCGAACCUCAGCGACGUGUCUCUGGACCUCAGCUGCUGUGAGCUGCGUUCUGGAGGCUCCCAGAUCCUGGAGGGUUGUAUUGCUGAGAUUCCCAACAUUACCAGUCUGGAUAUUUCUGACAAUGGCCUGGAUAUGGAUCUGACCACCCUGCUCGUGUGGCUGGCCAAGAACCGCUCCAUCAGACACCUUUCACUGGGCAAAAACUUUAACAACAUCAAGACCAAGAAUGUGGCUCAGGUCCUGGACAAUCUGGUUCAUAUGAUUCAAGAAGAGGAAUCCCCGCUGACCUCGCUGUCCCUGGCUGAUUCCAAACUCAAGGCCGACCUCUCCAUCGUCCUCAACGCUCUGGGCAGCAACACCUCUCUGACCAAACUGGACAUCAGUGGAAACUCCAUGGGAGACAUGGGGGCUAAGAUACUGGCCAAAGCCCUGCAGAUCAACACUAAGCUCAGGACGUUAGUGUGGGACAGGAACAACCUGAGCCCGCAGGGGCUGCAGGAUGUCGCUGCCGCUUUGGAGAAGAACUACACCAUCCGUUUCAUGCCUGUUCCCAUCAUGGAUGCUGCUCAGGCGCUGAAGGCAAAUCCAGAGAAGACGGAGGAUGCGUUGCUCAAGAUGGAGCAGUACCUGCUGAGGAACCACGAGACGCGUAAAUACCUGCAGGAGCAGGCGUACAGACUGCAGCAGGGAAUCGUCACCACCACCACACAGCAGAUGAUGGACAUGAUGUGUGUGAGGGUGCAGGAUCAUCUGAACUCUCUGAGGUUCACAGAGACCAGCGCCGUUCAGGAGGACAUGAAGGUGGCCGAGAACCUCAUGAGGGAUGCCAGAAACUCCAAAACCCUGCUUCCCAACCUGUACCACCUGAAGAGUGCAGGCUCCACAGGUACGUGUGUCGGAGCUAUUCAGGAUAAACUGGAGUCGAUGGCUGGAGAGAUAGCUGCAGUGAUGGACGACCAGCUGCAGACGAUGCUGAGGUCCAUGGUGGAUGCUGCAGAGGCCCUGUGUCCUAAUGUGAUGAAGAAGAGCAGCCUUCGCCAGGAGCUGCUGAAGGCCGGUGCGGGGAGGAUGACCAUUCCUCGCAGCUUCGCCACCACCACGCUGCUGGAGCAGUCCGGGGUCGACAUCAUCAAUAAGAUCAGUGAAGUGAAACUCGCCGUUGCCUCGUUUCUCUCUGAUCGCAUCGUGGAUGAGAUCCUGGAGUCUCUGUCCAGAUCACAGCACACUCUGGCUGACCAUCUGAUCAGAAAGGACCAACCUCUGGUGCAUCACAAGCCCCAUUUGGAGAUGGAAGUCUUAGAUGAGACAGUUCUGCAGCCAGAGAGCUACGACCAGGAUCAGAACCAAGAUCGGGGAAAUGACCUGGACGAUAUGGACUCCAUGAUGAUACCCAAGUCCAAGAGGAAGAGCAUUCUGGUCAGGAUGCUGAGGCCCGUGUCUGUGGCGUUUGAGUUGGAGUUUGACCUCGACAAAGCUCUGGAAGAGGUACCUAUCCACGUCGAGGACCCUCCUCUUCCUUCUCCUUCACAGCUGGACAGAACGUCAGCGUACUACGAAGACCUCCCCCCUCCCCCGACUCCACAGGACGCAAAAUCUGCCCCGCUGGCCGAGCUGCCGCCCAUGGAGCACAAAACUCUGGAACAUCACACCAAAUUCCGGCCAAAACCCAAGAGGACGAAACCCGCUCGGCCACACCGGGAGGCCACGGGCGGCUCGGCGCCACAGGAAGCAGAGCCGAACAGCAUCAUGGGAAAGCUGGACGAGGGCUUGGAUGACUUCUUCUCCAAGAAAGUCAUUAAACUCGGCUUCAAAAUUCCCUCUGGGAAAGGUCCGUCCACCAGCACUCAGGAAGGAGCGGAUAAAAAACGUGAAUCCAGGAAGAGUGGUUUCUUUAAUCUCAUCAAACGAACGUCCCGUUCAGAGAAGAGCCAUGGAUCUGCCGCCAUCACCCCACCUCAACCUGCCUCUUCUGCCACAGCUGCACCCCUUUCCCCGUGCCCAGUGACUUGGGAGACGACACCGGCAUCUCCCACAUCACCUGUGAAAAUCUGUCCCAUUGUGGCGGAGCCCGAGCAGGAACCCCACAGGUCUCACUCUUCGAACCACACAGAUUCUGAGAUUGAGGCGUCUCCAGCUGCCACCGAACCUGCAGAGGAGGAGAAAGAAAAGAAGAACCUGGAGAGUAAGGAGAACCUGGAGAAGACAGAGCAUGUGGAGAAAGUGGAGAAGAAGGGAAACCCCCACAAACCCCGUCACAUCGGAGUUCCUAUGAUGAGAAUGGACCUGAUGGCUGAGAUGAAGGCCAGGCAGGAGAGAAUGGCUGGGAAGAAAACGGAGGCAGCUCACGCACAGGACAAGGUGGACGGUGACAAAGCCAAGUCAGAAGUCCAUCACGCCGUGCCAGCAGACACUGAUGAAUCUAAACCGGAGCCAUCACCCAGGGCUAAGCCAUCUGGUGUCACCCCCAAACCACCCCAGGCUACCAAAGCACCCCUGGUAGCCUGCACCUCUGGGCCCCUCAGCCCAGCUAGCCGCCGACCAAGCAGCACCUACGUCUCUGAUGAAUGUGGCAGUGCUCCAACGGGCAGCUUGUCUCCCAAAGCACCACUUCCUGCUCCUCGCCUGAAGAGGGCACCAUCAGAACAGGAGCGAGCGAGUACCAGCAGCAACCCUGCAGAAGCUCUCUCUCCUCAGAAGGCAGGUGAGAGUUCCACAGACGGCGAUGUGUUUGAUGGAUCCGUCGAAGGCGCAGCGUCUGGCGCGGGCAGCCAGCGGUCGUCAUCUCUGAAGAGGACAGUCAACCUUUCAGCUGCAAGCGAGGACAACCGAGAGCGCACCAAAUCCCUCCCUGCCUACGUGAGGCCUCCAUCUCUGUCUGACGCACCUCCGAGUCCAGCUGAUGAAGAGGCCGAUCUGAAGUCUAACAGCAAAUCAGAGGACGAGUCCAGUGAUGACACGACAUCAGUCUGACACCUGUAAGGUGUUUGCAGUCACCUAAAUCCUGCUCGGCCACCUUUAAGGAGGCCGAUCUCGUUCAUACGGACAAAGACACACGUGUAAAUAUUUUUCUUUGUACGUGCAGUGGAUGCUGCACUUUGUCAUGCUGUUAUCAGUGGGACUUUCCCGACCUUGGAUUAGUCCCAGCUGUCAAAACAACGUGCACAUCAAAACAACCCCACCACUGUUUCUGUCCAAAGCUCUAAUAGGACCAUAAAGAGCAGGAGGAUGGGUUUUAUCUGUGGCUGCUUAGAUGAACAUACUCAGCAAUAAAAAGCUCACUUAGUCCAAAGCACUGAGGAAAAUGAGUCUGACUUGUUGUUUUUGUGCGACUGUAAGAAGGUCAAAGUCUAAAAAUCUUUCUUUAUUAUCUUUAAAUCAGCAAAUUCAAAGCAGCUGGAAAAUUCUCCAACUCAUUAGAAGAGCAACAAACCAGUCAAAAAAUUCUGUUCUGAAUUUUCUGUCGCUCCGUUCUGAUAGCGAGAUAAAUCCUAAAUCAAUCUGCACAUUGUGACAGUGAUGUUUCCUCAAAGACACGCGUGUUUGAGAGCGAGUCCACUCCAUGGACUCCAGCCUGGAACAUUAAAAGCAGUGACUGGAGGUUGGGCAUGCUUUAUAUAAGCAACGUAUUAGCUUGUGCAGAAUGUAACAGAUGUUGAUUUAUGUGUAAAAGUGCUAGACUCCAGCUCUAAUGUCAUAAAACAGAGUUAAAUAUAAGGUUAAUGUCCACGACCAGCCAGCAGGCUGAGAUGAUUCCAGAUGUUCCCAGGACAAAACACAGAGUAGGGAACGAUUGUUAAACCAGAAACGAUGCGGUGUAUUUAAUUAGAGCACCAUCAGAUUAUCAUUAUUAUUUAUUUUUAUUUUUUAAUCAAGAUCGAGAUGUAACAUUUUAGCGACAUAAACGGAGCGUCAGAGGAACAGUGAGACGAUGCUGCGUUUAUGUCGAGUGGACUGUAAAUGCUGCUUUCGUCCACGUCCACUUCCGACUGCAAACCUCCAAUUAGAGCCUUCCAGUCACCGCGGAGGGAAAUGAUACAGACGCCUCAUUUCAUCCACAGCUUGGCCUUCAGCCCAGUUGAACAGUGGGUUUGAACCCAGAAAAACAGCUGCUACGCUCAUUUUACGUGAUGUGAACACAGCAAAAAAACCUCAGCAGGUGGAGACAGAGAGCAGCUCGUGCUCCUUUUAUUUAUUUGCUCAAAGUCAGGCAAAAGUAAGCCAACAAGGAGGAUGGUAAUAUGAAGAUUUGAGAUGCAAAAUUUAAAGCAACAGUUCACCCCAAACUCACGUUUGCAUGUUUUCCCCCACCCUGUAUUUCUGGAUUGUGUUGGCGUGGGUUCCCCGCUUUUUCCUAUUUAGUUUUUCUUGAUCAUGAAGUGCACAGUAGUUCUUGAAGCACCUGAAAAUACACCUGGAAACCUCUUUGCUGAAGUCACGCCCCUGUUUCUCAUGAAGUCCACAAACUUUGCUGUGAGCAGUUUCAUGUGGGAACUAUUUUCUUUCUACCAAACUACAACCAUCCAACAGUCUGCUCAGGCAAACGAGCACGUACCCAUGUUGGGACGUGAUUCCUGUUACGGGAUGUAAACACUGACGAGUCCUUAAUGUUGGCUGUCUGCGUGCUUCUCUGGGCUGGUAGAGCUAUGGUAACCGUUCCCAUGUGAAGCUGCUCUUUCCACGGCUCGUGGAGGGUUUUUUAUAACGAGCCGGUCAUGAUGUCUGGAAAGACGCAUCACUGCUGAGCUAUUCAAAGGUACUGUUUGGCCCUUAGAGCACCCCGAGGUGAGUUCACAUCUCUGCAGCUGAUCUCUCAGAAAAAAUAGCACAUUUGAUUUGGAGGUGAACUGUCCUGUAAUAUUUAAUUGGUUCUAUCUAAAUGAAAAUAAGCAGUGCGUGUAUCCGAAACAUCUAACUGCCUUUGGUAAAUGUCACCAUCUGUUACUCUUCUGCUAUCACGAGUCCAUAAAGGUUCAGUGUUUAAACAAACAAAGUGAUUUCUGUUCAUCAUGUACUGCUGCCCUCACCGAUGUAUCCUGUAAAUAUGAGCCGACACUGAUUACAGACUAAGAGGGGUUUGUGUCAUGUGAUUUAAAAUCCUUGGUGAUGGGUUUCUUUUCUUUUUAUCUGUUUUUAUAGAUUUGCUGUAAAUGUGACAGCGCACGGUCAGAUAUUUCUGUAUUUGAAUGUUUAUACCAAUAAAUAUUAUUUUACUUGUG